CAGCAGGUUUAAAAUGUGAUAUUACUGUUUGCGCCCGUCUGUCCCCACAGUCUCUGAAUGCCACACGCGUCGUUUGCAGAUAAUAAGCGGCGUGAUUACUUGUGGGCUCGAGUGUCCACACCUCUUUUCAUCUCACAUACACCCGUGUAAUGAAGCAGCGUGUUCUCCUCCUCUCGCUGCUGCCCACCCCGCACCUGUCCGCGCUGUGCGGCAGCCACGAGGGCUGCUCUUCCUUUUAUGGUCUGGCUUCCUUUGUGGACACGUUAGUUGGAUGAGGAGAGCAGAGCAUAGCGCGGUGGUCCAUAUUCCCCGCAUCUUCCAGUUGCGCUCCUGCGCUUUACGCAGAGUCCGCGGCUCCUCUGGAACACUCAGCUUUCUCUUUCUAAACACCGAGAUGAACAUGAGAUGAUUGAGCUCGUGGGCCGUGCGCACUGAUGCUUCUCAUUUUGCCGUUUCCUCGCGGUUUUUUCCUCUCCUGUCUGCAUCCUUCGCCGACCAAUCUGUGGAAUGGUCUGCGUUUUCUCCCCUGGGUUGUUUCCACUUCAGCAUGGGAACUGCGGUGUCCAAAAGGAAGAAUCUGAGGAGUGAUGCGAUUUCUUCCGUGGCCGCAAAAGUUAGAGCAGCCAGAGCAUUUGGAGAAUACCUGUCCAAUACCAAUCCAGAGAACCGCAACGGAGCAGAUCAUCUACUGUCUGAAACUUUCUCUGGCCAGGACUCUCCAGACGUCAGUCACUUGCAUAACAACAAUCUGCCACCACAGAGCCGUUGUUUAUCCAUAGCUAAACCCGCCCAGUCCAGCCAGUCUAAUCCCAGCACUAACCCACAGUCUCAAUCUCAAGUCAACACUCUCCAGGCUCAAGCAUCACUUGGCCCCUCCAAACGGCGACUCUCUGCCGAACGCAGUCUUUCCAUAGAGGACCCACCUGCUGCCAGGGGUUCACAGGGGCCUGUUGCUGUGAAGCCAGCCAGGGUGUACACAAUCACCAGGGAAGGCGGGAUGACCCUCGGGGGCCGUGGCAGUGAGGAGAGCCUGGAGUUGGAGGUGCUGAAGGGCUCCCGGGAGCAGCCUCUCUCACAGAGCACUUCUGCUGCCAGUCAUGGCCUAUCCUGCACCAGCCAACCAACCGCCUCAGCUGCCCGUGGCAGCCAUCACCGUAGCAGCCAUCACCGCAGUAACCAACAUCAUGCCCAGCAGCAUCACGGAGGCCCAACGUCAUCAUCGCAGCCGCUGCAGAGCUCAGGUAGCGCUGGCAACAUUCGUGAUUGGGGAAUGAGGAGAGGUGGGUCGCGGGAUGACUACACCCCAGACUGCGUUGCCUGCAUUCGGGCUCCAUGCCAAAGUCAGCGCUCCCUGGACCUAGAUACCUCACCCCGAGAUGGAGGGAAGCAACGCAAAAAACUGGAGAGAAUGUACAGCGAGGACAGAGCAUCUACAGAUGACAGGGAGGACAAUCCUAACAGCUGGUUCCCCAAAGAGAAUAUGUUCAGCUUUCAGACAGCCACCACCACCAUGCAGGCAAUAUCGGCUUUCCGAGGCAUUGCUGAGAGAAAGAGACGGAAAAGAGAGCAGGAGGCAGCCACCAUGAUGGAGAGAAAUUUUCGCAAGCACCUUCGGAUGGUGGGCAGUCGCAGGAUGAAGGCCCAGACCUUCGUCGAUCGUCGAGCCAAGAGCUUCAGCCGCUCGUGGAGUGACCCCACCCCCGUCAAGCCUGAGUCACUGCAUGAAUCCAGAGACAGUGGCGAGCUUCAGACCUCCUCAGGGACGCUGGAUGAAGGGCUGGACGAGGAUGCCGACUGGGAGGAGGAGAGGGAAAUGGAAAGAGUGGCCUGCGACGGAGAAGACUUUAUCCCUCCCAAAAUCAUGCUGAUAUCUUCCAAGGUCCCAAAGGCUGAAUAUGUUCCCAACAUAAUUCGUAGGGACGACCCCUCCAUCAUCCCCAUCCUUUAUGACCAUGAACAUGCCACAUUUGAUGACAUUCUGGAGGAGAUCGAGAAGAAGCUGACUGCCUACAGGAAAGGCUGUAAAAUCUGGAACAUGCUCAUUUUCUGCCAGGGAGGUCCGGGACAUUUAUACCUGCUGAAGAAUAAAGUGGCAACCUUUGCCAAGGUGGAGAAAGAAGAAGAUAUGAUCCAGUUCUGGCGGCGACUCAGCAGGCUGAUGAGCAAGCUGAACCCAGAGCCCAACCUCAUCCACAUUAUGGGCUGCUAUGUGCUGGGAAGUGCUAAUGGAGAAAAGCUUAUUCAGACUCUGAAGAGGUUGAUGAGACCCACCUCCGUUGAAUUUAAGUCUCCACUAGAGCUGUCAGCACAGGGCAAAGAGAUGAUCGAAAUGUAUUUUGACUUCCGCUUGUUUCGCCUGUGGAAAAGCCGCCAGCACUCCAAGCUACUGGACUACGACGACCUCUUGUGACACCACCCAAUGUUCUGUUGGCUUGUCGGCCAGUUAUUGCGAAUCUGAGCCUACCUUUGUAUGGCGUCAAGGCAUUUGGUUGAAGUGGGGGGGCUCCUCUCCUCUCCAGAGAGGUUCCUAGACCGGCUCUGUGUGCUCAGCUAGAAGCUGGAGCAGCAGUGGAGGCAGCAGCAGUUGGGUCUGUUUUUGUAAGCCCUUCUGAAGCGACGGGGUGUGGCCCUGUAGAUUCAGCCGGCGGUGUGCUUUCUCACCUGCACCUAUUUUCACUUUCUGCCUCUGCCUAACCCUAGAAAAGAGAAAGAAGGGGGACAAGAGUGAGUUGGAGAAGCAAGUGACUCAUCAUCCUAGCCUAAAUGUGUCAGAAACGCCAACUACACUUAGAUUUCUGAGUUCAGAGAGACUAUUAGAUACAAGAGUGACAGUGGAGAAUCUCUGUCUGAGAUUUGAGGAUGUUUUUUUCUUGUCCCACCUUUAGCCAACCUAUCUACUCUUGUUAGGAGGCUUAUAAGUAUGGAUUUAUAAGUUAUUUACAAAGGAAUUAGAGCUUAUAUGUAAAUAAACAAGUGCUUGCUAGAGCAUUAGAGAAUACAUUUUCAGCAUCUCUCGCCAUGCUGUCAUGUGAUAAUCUGGACAUGUGAUUAGUCUUAUUAAGAAUUAGAGUUGUCUAUUUACUGCAGUCUUUUUUUAAACCUUCAUAUAAAUGUAAUAGUGUUUCUUACAGACUGUUGUAAUAACUCAGGUCAAAUUCUUUUGUUUUCUACUAAGAAUUGUACUCACCUGUACAACAUACUGUAGAUCAGAAUCAAAGGCCUUCAUACUCCACACAGAGUCAUCUUCAGUGGAACAUCAGGGAUGAGCGGAGCUUUUCUCCAUUUUCAUCUCGCCUUUUGAGUCAGCUGUAGCCAAACAGACAGAUGCAUCCAUGCAUAUUUUUCAUAACAUUACAGCAUUGUGUUUUAGCCCACUGAGCCACUGCUAGCUGAUUUUUCUUGAGCUAUUGGUUCGUGGGCUCAAAGCCUUUUGCAGUGUUUGUAUUGCACAUGUGCAUUCAAACCCUUCUUGCAUAGCUAGCCUCUAAAGAGGUUUCAGUUGGAGGCUGACAUCAGACUCUUUACAGUGAGUGUAAUAUAGUGCAUAUUUAGUUCAUUCCAACAGUUUUUCACAUUUUUGGAGAACUUUCAUUCUUUAUUUAGCUUGGACAUCCAGUGGAGUGGUAGGGGCGAUGCGAUCCUUUGACUUAUUUUUGUUUCCCCUCACCACCAGCUUGUUGUUUCCAUCUCAACAUACUCUUAAUCUUAAUCAUAUAACAGCAACAAUGUGUCCCAAACGCUGUCUUUGCCAUGCUUAUUUCCAGCAUUACAGUCCACUGUAAAAUGUUUUGCUGUAGCAAGAUUUUAAAGAUGCACAGGUGUGAUUUUGUGUUUUGCAGUUGGGGCGUUUCAGUCAGACUGACAAAUGGUUCAAGCUGAGGCAGCAGAGGCUGAGAUAGCUUCAUCUUCAUUCUUCUUGUUCCAUUCGCAAGAUCCUACAUUUCCCACAAUGCAACAUGGCUGCUUUUUUUCUUGAGCUCCUCUUGGAAUGACAAAUGUCUGAAUUCUAAAUUUAAACUUUGUGUGACACAAAGUUUUGCGGUACUGUUUUUCCUUUCCUUUCUUUCAAAAAAAUGUGUCAUCCAAGCUAAAUGACAUCAUCUGUAGGAAUAUUAAGCUCCACUCAGGGGCUUAGUGUUGUGUAGAUCAACAAAUACAAUAAUGCCAUAUAGCUGAUCAUUGCACACUUAGUUUACAAUAAUAAUAAAAGUUUUGGGGGACUGUGCUGUUUAGAAAUACAUGUACUGGUAUUGAAUAUGAGUAUUGAAUAUGAGUAAAAAUGGACAGGAUGAGUGAUAUUUACAUUGUCUCAUCUCAAACUUGUGCUGAUGUGGUCAUGUCCUCUGUUAUAUAAUAACUUUUUCCUCCCUUCUGCACCCUCAGACCAAAGCACUCUUUCUUAUCUGCAGCGCAAGCUGAGAAAAAGCGCUUUGUUUCUUGUUUCUUCUGUGCAGUUUGCUCGCAGAAUGAAAAUUAGUCUUUGGAUUUGGGAUGAGUUGUGAUAUUUUUAAAGUAACACAAGGUGUGUUGUUCAUGAUAUGUUUACUAGUCUCUUAUACUGUGUCCUGUCUGCAUUGUAAACAUAGUUCACUGCUUAUUUUUCCACAAAUUCCAAGCUUUGUUGCAGCUUCUUGGGCCAUCCACGUCAGCUGACCUGGAAUUAGUUUUCAUGAAGCAGUCUUGAUAGGUAGAAAUUACAAAAGACCUCUGAAAUCUAUUUUAUGUACUACAUUUAACUACCAAACAGCUUAAAAUAUGUCCCUCUUGUUUAACUGUUAUUGCGAGAGUUUUUGUGUUCAUGGGACCGAAAUCUCAAAUUUAGAAUAGUGGGUCAUAAUUAUGAGUGGUAUUGUAUAAGCUGCAGAGAUAAGGUCUCUUACAUGUUUGAUUGAAUGCAAUCUUCUUCCACAUAUACCUGUUACCAUGACAUUUGCUAUGUUUGCUGUGUCUUAAAUCACAUACUUCUAUAUUUAAACUCAUUAAUUUGAGUUCGACAUUGUGUUCAAUAUCAAGUACUGCUCCACAAAGUGCUGCUUGAGUACCUAGAAAUGUGGAACAUUUCUCAAGCUCAAGGGUCACUGUUAGCUAGCAGAUAGACUGCUAGCUAACUGGUAGUCCUUCCAUAAGAGAUUUUUAUUUAUUUAUUUUUUGUUAAGGGUAGAUUUUUUUUUCUUCAGGCACUGAAACUAGCUUUGUUAAAUUGUUUUGCAUAUUGCAAAUGCCAUUAAUGGUGAGUGCAUGACUGGUCAGCUCUGAUUUGAAACAAGCCUAUCUGGUAAAUCCAUUUACUAAACAAGUAGCUAUAUAGUGUACAUAAAGCACUAAAUGAAAAAGUAUUUGAAUUGAGACACACUGUACUUAAACAGGCAGGGAUACAAUGCUGCUACAUACUAUUUUAUUCCACGAAGCAUGUAUCACCCAAUCUCUGUCACAAGCAUUGUGAUAAUUUGGUGUAAUCAAAGGAAAAACGAAGACCUUUCUAGUUCCAUGGCUGCUCCUGGUUUGCACCAUUAAGUCACGCAGCAUACUGUCUCACAUGGCAUCUGGGUCUUCGAAUUACCUCAAAUGCAGAGAGAACCAGGGAUUUAUUUGUUAGGGAAUAUUUAAUGGUAUUUUCUCUACUGGUACCUUUUUAAUUUUCAUAAAUGUUAUGCUCAGUAGAAAAUAUUGUACAUUUUCAUUGUACAGUUUGUGUUUUCUUUUUUUGUUUGGUGUUGGUGGAUUACGUGUAAGGACUUCAUUAUACUUUCCAUGUGAGUGAGUCUAUUAGGCUCAGGUUGGGUCUAAAUGAUUUUGGUCAUGAGACAGUGAGCCAGUCUAUGCAGAUGUCUGCAUGGCAUCCCUCUCCUCCUUUGUUAUUCAAUCAGCCUUUGAUUGUGUUUGCUGAUCAAACCGCCAACUGUUACUUCAAACAGGGAGCCGCUGUUCAGUAUUUAAAUUGUAGUAGUAUUUUACAGCCGUUGUGUACAGUCUGGCUAGUUUUGCCUGUUCACCUUGUUUACAUUAACGUCAAAGUUAGUUGAGGUUGGUGUAAGUUAGUGUAACUCUCAGGCAAUUAUACAACUUUCAAUGUUUCUUUUCCCUUUGUUCAGGCUUUAUGAGCGUUUUGGACUAAUCAUGUGAGGUCGUGCCUGUCCUUUGUGCCCAGUGAUCUCUUUGCUUAAAGGUGGUUCUGAUCUUAAAAAUCAUUGUACAUUCAUGACUUUCCUUCAUGAAGAUAUGUAUUUGUUUAAAGAUCAAAUACUUUCCCAGUUUGUAUUCUGUAGCAGUAAUCAGUGUAAGAAUAUUUCUGUAUUGGUAUUUCAAUUUGUAUAUUUGUAUGUACAAGAGCAUUGUUGGAGGUACUGUACAAGAUACCUUUGGAUUUUAAUGACUGUCUUACAAUUCUGUGGACAGAAACAGACACUGCAGUGCGUGCAGUGUGCUCGCUGCUCGGCUUCUUUAUAUUCUGCAGCGGUUAUCGCAGCCCCAGUUCUGCUCAUAUGACCCUCUUCUUUCUCCUCUGCUGCGAGUUUAAAUAAAGGCCAAAGCCCAGAGCGUAAUUACACACCUCUGUUCGACACUUGUAACCACAUCUUAAGUCGAGGUGUUUAAUCGUGCUCUUAUACUAAAAACUGGCACAAGUUUGAUGGAUUUCUAAUGAGUUUUCUGAUAACAAAGACAACAGAGACUUUACUGGAGAUUCAUUAUCUGCUGUCAAGCCCACAACAUUUUCCCCAUGGCUCUGAUCAGAUAAAACACUUAGCUCUCCUGCUGGAACAUAACGCAUCAGUGCUAACAUUGAGGAAGAGCCCGAGCAGUGUAAAACAACUCGCAGACUUUGUAGACUAGAGCGGUUUUGAGUCACAUUCCCAUGGCAAAGUCAGUUAUGUGGGACAUCAGAGAUAAUAGAUCAGAUCUUUGAAUAUUACCAGUGAAACACCAAACAGAAUUUUACAAUGCUGCUACAAAAAUCUUUUACAUGAAACAAUUAGGCUGAUUGGUUUGAACUUACUAAGACGAGUUGAGCAAAGAUUUUUUUUUUUUUAAAGAUCUUUGUUCCAAAAACUUGCACUGUACUGAAAAAUGAUAGUUAAAGUAUAUUAUGUCAUUUUGAGAAAUAUUCAAAUAAUAACCUUUGCUUUGAGGAUAAUUGCUUUAAGAAGCAGAGUGACUCUUCCAUUAAGUAAAUUGGGUCAAAAAGGUUAGACUACAUGAGUUAUUCUGCUGCUUGCCAGAAUCGCAGGUUAGACAUUUCUGGCAUUUUUAGUGCUUAAAAAUAUGAAAGUUUACGCAGUGACUACAUAUCAACCACAGUUAUCUUGAACUGGCCAUUGUUACAUACACAGACUACGAAAACUCCAGUAUCACAGAAUCACACAAUGAAAGUCAAUAAUUAUGCUUUGUGAUUGGAGUAGUAAUUGCCUUUAAUUUUUUAUGAAAUGAAGGCGUAAUCAAUUUUCUUUCUCAGUUGUCCCCUUUCACUUUUGUUUGUCCCUUUCAUUUAAAUAUGAUCAGCAAGUGGAGAAACCCCUAACCAAGGUCACAUGAAAUACUUCUGAAGAUAAUACUUUAUCUAAUGGGAGAAAUUUUGUUUCCAAAUAUCUAAAAUCACCGGGAGAAGCUUCAGUGUCAGGUAUCUAUAGGCUACUGGGUUUGUUACUACAGUAUCCUCCCAAUUCAGAAACAAAGCAUACAUUAUUUCAUUAACAAUGUUAUUGAUCAGCAAUAUUGACCAGUGUCGCUUUAAGAUAAAAAGUAAACACCUGUACAUAUUGGCAGUGGAGAAAGCAGGAAACAUCAUAUUUUUUAAAGGAGUUGAGCAGCGACUGCCUUGGCAAACUUCGGUUUGGGAAGCUUUGACAAAACUCUGGCAUUAAAACAUGACUCAUGUCUGGGAUGUUAAGCCUCUUCUAAUAAGGUCAGGUAUUCAUAUACGUGCAGAUGUAUUUCAGGGGGAAAUGACCACACGCAGUUUGACUUCUCGUGAUGGUUCACCGAAGCAGCCAUUUCCAUUUCUUGAGAGGAUAAUUACAUAAAUCAAGAGUUUGAGCUUUGCCUCCUCUCUUGUUAUUUUCCACGUGAAACUGUGUGUCAUAUUGACAAUUGCAAAGAUCGCUCAAAUUAUUAUUAAGCAUUGUUGUGCCCUCCCUCCUGCUUUGUUCCAGUUUCAGUGAAGAUUUCCAAGGCUCAGUUGGGAAUGAGUGUGAUGAGGAUGAUGAAUUGACACUGCUUUGAUUGCCCUGACAUCUCCAGUUGGGCUGUGAUUGUAUUUCUGGAAGUUUUGAAAAUAAUAUGUCUAUGUAAUGUCUGUGUCAUUUUGGAUCAACUUCUAAAUAAUUUAACUGAGCAUUACAUUUUGGAAUAGAUUUUUUAGUCCAACACAGUAGAGUGUGAGAUUUAUAAAUGUUACAGUGAGCUUCAUCCAUGUAUAUGGAUAGAGAAAAUCUUAAAGGUAUGAUAGCAAUUAACAUUACUGCAUAUAGUGAUUUUGAUACUAGCAUAAGUUAAAACUAUUAUCUGGGUAGCUUUCCUGAGCUUUGGGGUUUCUUCCUUAGAAUAGACAUUAGAGAAUGCUUCUUAUUUCAAGGGCAAUGUGUUGUAUCUGAACUAAUAGCAAGGAAAUGUUUUUGCAUUGCACAAUGUUGGUAAUAACCUGUGAGAAAAAGUAUUGUUUCUACAGCAUUUCCUCCCCCAAGUAAACUAUAG